UUUAGGGGUGGCUCUGUCCCCUGGGGUUUCCGGGUGGUUUCCUGCCUCUGUCCCCAGGGAGUGCUCUCAGUCAGAGGCAGCCAGAUGAGGUGGGGCUCAGAUCUCAGGGUGGGGUGUGCAGUUAUUGCUGUGUGGCCUUGGCCCCUCUCAGUCCCUCUCUGAGCCAGGCUUUCUGCCCGUCUCACCAGGAGGUUACACUCAGGGGUCUGAUUUGACUGCAGCUUUCUGGUUUUUUUUGUGGGCUUGUUCUACCCACUCCUCCAUCUGAGAGGGUUAGGUAUCUUCCCCUGAGAUAAGAUUGUGUCUCCGAGGGCCAGGACCUAGAGUGGGAGGUCCCAGAUGGACCCUAGUGCUGAAGGAGGAGGGGGUUUGAGCAGACGUGAUGGCAGGAUGUGGUUCUGGGUGACUUACCUGCCCACCCUUUCCUGGCACUUGACGCCUGCUGACCCCAUGCCGGGCAGAAGCAGGGGAGGUGCCUGGGUCCAAGCUGACUCUGCCACUGUUUGCUUUGAGCCUCGGUGAGUCACUGUCUUCUGGGCCUCAGUUUCCUGUUCCUGGAAUGAGGAUAACUGUUUUUAGGAUAUGAUCAGAGUUAAGGAUAUCAGAUUGCACUCAGGAGAUAGUCCUCUCAGCCGAUAGCUGGACCCCCUCAGGUCCUGGCAUAGGAGGAAAAUCCUAGGGAAACAGACAACCUCAGAGGUGGGUCUCCAAGAAAUAUCAGACUGCUCUCUUGAGUUUGCAGACUGUGCCCCUUCUUCUCUUUCCCCACCCCAAGUACAGCAGCAAGAACCCACAGUUCCAUGCUUAACCCCUCCCUGGGGAUCCCUGCCCUGCUGCCUGCCUGCCUGCCUGUGUGUCUGCCGGGCAUCAGACCUAUCUGUCCUAGGUGUCUGCCAGUCUACUUGGGCCUCACUGACACUGGCUGUUUCUCUUUGCUGCCUACCUGUGUCUGUUGUUGGAUUACAAUCUCUGUCUCCACUUGAUAAGUACCUGCCUUCACCUGUUGGGCACAUGUCACAUGUUAGGUGCCUGUUGUUCAUGUCCCCUUCUGUCUCUACCUGUUGGGUUUAUGUCUUCAUUUAUCUCUGCCAUUGGAUACAUGUCCCCUCUGUCUCUGCCUGUUGGGUACCUGUCCCCUUCUGUCUCUGCCUGUUGGGUUUAUGUUCCCUUCUGUCAUUGCCUGUUGGGUUCGUGUCCACUUCUGCCUCUGUCUGUUGGGUUCAUGUCACCAUCUGUUUCUGUGCUGUUGGAUACAUGGCCCCUUCUGUCAUUGCCUGUUGGGUUUACGUCCCCUUCUGUCUUUGCCUGUUGGGUACAUGUCCCCAUCUGUCUCUGGCUGUUGGGUACAUGUCCCUUUCUGUCUCUGCCUGUUGGGUUUGUGCCCCUAUCUGCCUACACACAUUGGGGAUGAGCUUCUGUUCACCUCUGUCUGUUAGAUAUGAGUCCCUUCCUGCUGCUUCUUGUUGGGUACAUGUCUCCAUCUGUUUUCUACUGGGUAUGAAUUUCUCCUGCCUCUGCCUGUUGGAUAGGUAUCCUUAUCCAUCCCUGCCUGUUGGGUAUGUGUUCCCUCCUGCCCCUGACUAUUAGAUGCCAUUCUUAUCUGUUUCCACCUCUUGGGUGCCUGCUUCUGCCUGUUGGGUGUCUCUCUUCGUCUGCCUCCACAAAUCAGGCAUCUGUCUUUGCCUGUUGGGUACCUAUCUGCUGUUGGGUACCUGUCUGCUCAGCAGCUGCAUUGGCAGGGGGCUUUCCCCUUGCAGGCCUCUGCAAAGGGAGGAUGGGGGAAUGGCCAGAGGGCAGCCCUCAGACACUGGGGAGUGGGGAGAGAGGAAGGGAACGUGGUGAGGGUGUAGGCCUGGAGCUGGGAAACCACAGACCCUGAGUGAUUGGCUGCCCUGGGCCGGGCCCAGCCCCCGCCCUUACCCUGCACAUCCGCCUUGGUCCGGGCCACCUCCGCGGCAGCCCUGGUCGCUGCCUGCUCCUGCCAUGGUGCUGUGGCCCUGCUGGGCGGAUGGAGCAGGAUCCCAAGCCGCCCCGUCUGCGGCUCUGGGCCCUGCUCCCCUGGCUGCCCAGGAAGCACCGGCCCAGGAUCAGCCAGACCUCUCUGCCUGUCCCUGGCCUUGGCUCUGGCUCCCAGCAGGACUUGGAUGAGGGCGUCCUCAAGGAGAUCUCCAUCACGCACCACGUCAAGGCUGGCUCUGAGAAGGCUGAUCCAUCCCAUUUCGAGCUCCUCAAGGUUCUGGGCCAGGGAUCCUUCGGCAAAGUCUUCCUGGUGCGGAAAGUUACCCGGCCUGACAGUGGGCACCUGUAUGCCAUGAAGGUGCUGAAGAAGGCGACAUUGAAAGUACGUGACCGCGUUCGGACCAAGAUGGAGAGAGACAUCCUGGCUGAUGUAAACCACCCAUUUGUGGUGAAGCUGCACUAUGCCUUCCAGACCGAGGGCAAGCUUUAUCUCAUUCUGGACUUCUUGCGUGGUGGGGACCUCUUCACACGGCUCUCAAAAGAGGUGAUGUUCACAGAAGAGGAUGUGAAGUUUUACCUGGCCGAGCUGGCCCUGGGCCUGGACCACCUGCACAGCCUGGGUAUCAUUUACAGAGACCUCAAGCCUGAGAACAUCCUUCUGGAUGAGGAGGGUCACAUCAAACUCACUGACUUUGGCCUGAGCAAGGAGGCCAUUGACCACGAGAAGAAGGCCUACUCCUUCUGCGGGACAGUGGAGUACAUGGCCCCCGAGGUCGUCAACCGCCAGGGCCACUCCCACAGUGCGGAUUGGUGGUCCUAUGGGGUAUUGAUGUUUGAGAUGCUGACGGGCUCCCUGCCCUUCCAGGGGAAGGACCGGAAGGAGACCAUGACAUUGAUUCUGAAGGCGAAGUUAGGCAUGCCCCAGUUUCUGAGCACUGAAGCCCAGAGCCUCCUGCGGGCCCUGUUCAAGCGGAAUCCUGCCAACCGGCUCGGCUCCGGCCCUGAUGGGGCAGAGGAAAUCAAACGGCAUGUCUUCUACUCCACCAUUGACUGGAAUAAGCUGUACCGUCGUGAGAUCAAGCCACCUUUCAAGCCAGCAGUGGCUCAGCCUGAUGACACCUUCUACUUUGACACUGAGUUCACGUCCCGCACACCCAAGGAUUCCCCAGGCAUCCCGCCUAGCGCUGGGGCCCAUCAGCUGUUCCGGGGCUUCAGCUUCGUGGCCACUGGCCUGAUGGAGGAUGAUGGCAAGCCUCGCGCCCCACAGGCACCCCUGCACUCAGUGGUACAGCAACUCCAUGGGAAGAACGUGGUUUUUAGUGAUGGCUACGUGGUAAAGGAGACAAUCGGUGUGGGCUCCUACUCUGUGUGCAAGCGCUGUGUCCACAAGGCCACCAACAUGGAGUAUGCUGUCAAGGUCAUUGACAAGAGCAAGCGGGAUCCUUCAGAAGAGAUUGAGAUUCUUCUGCGGUACGGCCAGCACCCCAACAUCAUCACUCUGAAAGAUGUGUAUGAUGAUGGCAAACACGUGUACCUGGUGACAGAGCUGAUGCGGGGCGGGGAACUGCUGGACAAGAUCCUGCGGCAGAAGUUCUUCUCGGAGCGGGAAGCCAGCUUCGUCCUGCACACCAUCGGCAAAACUGUGGAGUAUCUGCACUCACAGGGGGUUGUGCACAGGGACCUGAAGCCCAGCAACAUCCUGUACGUGGACGAGUCCGGGAAUCCUGAGUGCCUGCGCAUCUGUGACUUUGGUUUUGCCAAACAGCUGCGGGCUGAGAAUGGGCUCCUCAUGACACCUUGCUACACAGCCAACUUCGUGGCACCCGAGGUGCUGAAGCGCCAGGGCUACGAUGAAGGUUGUGACAUCUGGAGCCUGGGCAUUCUGCUCUACACCAUGCUGGCGGGAUACACUCCAUUUGCCAACGGGCCCAGUGACACACCAGAGGAAAUCCUAACCCGCAUCGGCAGUGGGAAGUUUACCCUCAGUGGGGGAAACUGGAACACAGUUUCAGAGACAGCCAAGGACCUGGUGUCCAAGAUGCUACACGUAGAUCCCCACCAGCGCCUCACAGCCAAGCAGGUUCUGCAGCAUCCGUGGGUCACCCAGAAAGACAAGCUUCCCCAAAGCCAGCUGUCCCAUCAAGACCUGCAGCUUGUGAAGGGAGCCAUGGCAGCCACAUACUCUGCACUCAACAGCUCCAAGCCCACCCCCCAGCUGAAGCCCAUCGAGUCAUCCAUCCUGGCUCAGCGGCGAGUGAGAAAGUUGCCGUCCACCACCCUGUGAGGCACCAAGGCAUUCAGGCCGCAGGGCAGUGCUAGCUUGAUGGAGGCAGCAUGCUUCCCAGAGGGAGCAGGCUGGAGUCACAGGGCCAGAGGGAGCUGGAACCCGAGGGGCCGGGGAAGCUGCCAGCCCAGACCACCCCUAGUGAGGGUGUGAGAAGUGCCUUCUCCUUCCCCAGGACGGACUCUUCUCGGCUCAGGCUCUGCUGGUGGAAAGAUUCACUGUACAAACUCUUUUUUUAUGGAAAAAAUUGCAUCAACCACCAUGGAUUUUUACAAGAUCCAUUUGCCUUUCUGGGAGCAGGAACAGCCAGUGCAGCCCCAGGAGGGGAACUGAGUCACACUGGGGUUCUCUGAGACUCUUUAAAGCAGUUUUGGGAUCCCACCCUGGGGACCCCCACGAUUGGCCAUCUGUAGCCAUCUGCACACACUUCCAAGGCAGUCCAGUGUCACCUCUCUCAGAGCCUCUGGCUGUUUAGCAGAACUCAUUCGAUCCCCAAUCAGCUCCUUUUCCGUUCUGUUCUGCUGGGGGUUCUAGAACUACUUCCUACUACAGGAGGGGACUCACGCCCUGCUGGCUUCCAGCUUCAGGCACCAGCAUCCACCUCGGCCCUGCCAGUGGACCCCCUGCGGUCACGCUGGGCAGCCCCAGAGAGAGGAUGUGGAAAGCACUUUUUGGCUGACUUCUUUCAGGGUUGGCAAGGGGACAGAGUUCACAGGAGGCCAGUGGGCAGGCCAUGAGGGGCGGGGCUUUUUUCAUUUCUUCCUCAGCUGGUUACUCAGGGUUCAUCUGUCCAUGGCCUUUCUAAUAAACUUUUGAGUUGAA